GUGUUUUAUCUUUCGCGAAGUCAUUAGGAACAUCAAUUGGUGCAGACAGAAACGAUGAUUCUGACUUUGGUACCUUUUUCCCAAAAUCAUCAUGCUACGCUUGUGACUAUAGCAGAUAAGAAAAAGACGAUAAAGCCUGUUAACAGGGAGACUUUUCUUGACAGAUAUGAUGGUGAACCAUCACAGCAGGCUCUCUCAGAUGUGUUUGUUAGUACGGUGGAUCAAAUGAAAGAGCCUCCUCUUGUAACAGUUCACCAGACUAGUCAGUUGUAUUCCUUGGACAUUUAUGUGAAGACAACGAUCCUCUUGAUGUUCUUGUCCUUAUGCAGGGUUGAUGAUGCUAGACUGCCUUUAAACCGUGUGGUUCAAAUCACAUCCUCUCUCAUGAAACCUUAUCAUUUUGUGAGUCUUCUUGCAUUAAUUAAGUUUCAAAAAUGGAGACUUUUCUUGGCCGGUUUGGUUUAUGGUUUUGUGUUCCUUGGACAUUUAUGUGAAGACAACGAUCCUCUUGAUGUUCUUAUCCUUAUGCAGGAAAUGGCUAAAGCACACAAAAUACCAGACUACGGUUGGACAAUGCAGAAUGUGAGUCAAUGGCCUAGUAACAACUCAGAAGACCAUCUUGAAAUGAUUCAGGGAAAAUGCAAGAAAGAUUUGUCGAGAAGAGCAUCCCGAGAUCAACGUCUCAACUCUUACCAACGACAUUUCAUUGAAAUGGAAAAUAAGAAAGAGACGAUAAAGACAAAGAAGAAGGACGAGAAUCUUGACCGCAACAAACCCGAAAAGCUUUGUUUCUUCAUUCUCUAUAUUCUGAGGAUUCAACUUCAAGGACAGACCAUAGACAAUGGAGGGCUUCAGCACCAAACUAUAGAAUAUUGUUUGCUUCUGGUUAUUGAUGGAUCUUGUACUUGCAGGGUUGAUGAUGCUAGACUGCCUAUAAACCGUGUGGUUCAAAUCACAUCCUCUCUCAUGACACCUUAUCAUUUUGUUCACCGGACUCGUCGGUUGUAUUCAUUGGAAGACAGCGAUCCUCUUGAUGUUCUUAUCCUUGUGCAGGUACACUGAUACACUCUUAUCUGUUUCUUUUAACUUAGCAUAGAGGUCAAGGUAAUUUUUUAGAGGUACUCUCAGUUUAACUUUCGAUUUUCUAACGUUCCCUUUUGUCAUUGGCUUGGAAGCGUUUUUUGUUUUGUUGUAUGAGAUCAGUGGCUUCGUACUAUUACGUAAUGCGACUACAUUUCUAGGUAAUUGGCUUAGUCGAUAAAUAGCAACUAUGAUU